AUAAUGUAGACGACAUCUAGCGGCAGGCAUUGAAUUAGCUUGGGAGACAUCUAGCGGCAGGCAUUGAAUUAGCAUUCAUUCGAGUUCGUGUCGUGGGGCGGUGCGGUCGCCGGUCACGACCAAGGUCACGACAGUGUCGAGGCCAGAGUAUAUUGAGUGGGUCGAGGCCUUGGUGUCGGGCAUUUUUUUCGUCGUUGGUUUUCGUCGGUCCCUCGGGACGAGCUGCAAGCAAUAACGCACCUACCGUUCGUCGUUAUCUGUAUUGGACGUCAAACCCAAUACACUCUGGAAGCCGAAAUUAUGUGUGAAGUUGAAGUGCGGUGGUUGUGCGCCGGUGAUGGUCGCAGAAAAUAUAAGCACACGUGGUGAAGCAAGCUGAGCCGGUCGUUUCGUUGACAUUGGUGCCGAAACCCGGGACAAGACCGGGAUUGAUUUACUCAGUGUGCUAUUCGAGUGUGCAUUUCAAUUUGUUUUCAGUUGUCUUGAGAUAUGGCAGAUCUUGAGAAAGCGAAGAAGAGACGAGUAGCUGCCAAGGCCUGGGUAAGCCGAACAAAGAACAAGCUCUCUAAGGUUCUGGAUGACUGUGAACAGGAUGUUGAUGUUACAAGGAUACAGACUGUUCGCAGUGAACUUAAGAGCAGAUUGGAGGAACUGGACAGCAUCCAGUUGGAGUUGGAAGUUCUGUUCGAAUCUGAAGAUGACAUGCUGGAAGAUAUAAUCAAGGCUGGAUUGUUCAGAGAUGAAGUGACAGAAGCCAUUGAAAGAGCUGACAAGAUGGUAGCUGCUGCUGUCUCUGAUGGCAGACAAGGUAACGUGCCUGAAGCUGUAAGCUCAGCAUCUGUGUCAGCUUUGAGCCCUCAGCUCCCGAGACUAGAUCUCCCUAGCUUUGAUGGGGAUGUACUUAAAUGGAUUCCCUUCUGGGAGAGAUUCGGUGCAGCUGUUGGUGAACGAGAGUUGCCAGACGUGGUCAAGUUUGAGUACCUACAGUCAUGCUUGCAAGGUGAGGCGGCAAGAUGUGUUGCUGGUCUGUCGCUCACAUCAGCGAACUAUCAAGUAGCAUGCGAUUUAUUGUCAAAGAGGUUUGGGAAGCCUGAAGUGAUAAUCUUCAAUCAUGUUCAGCAGCUCCUAGCUAUUACUGGUCCUCUGUCUUCAACAUCCCAGUCCCUUCGCUCCCUCAUUGACAAUGUCCUGAUCCAUGUGCGUAGCCUGUCAGCCCUUGAGGUCACUGGUGAUAAGUACGGCAUUUUCUUGGUUCCUAUGAUCCUCAGUAAACUGAACCCUGACCUGAGGAUGGAGUGGGCCCGUCUUGGCCCAGGCAAAGAAGCGGACCUCAAUGCACUGAUGGACUUCCUGGCAGCAGAAGUUGAGAGGAGGGAAAGGUCCGGAGCAUUCACCAAGCUGCUGGGGACAACUCAGCCGGCCCGGGACGUCCGAGCAGCUGGCAGGAGCCAGCCUCACAAGGAUGUUCGACCGGCUGGGAGGAACCAGCCUCUCAGGGACUGUGUGAGACAGGCGCGGACUCCAUCUGGAGCCGCUCUGACUGCAUCAUCAGGGGUAUGUAUAUUUUGUGGAAAGGCACACAGGUCAGUGGAGUGUCAUGAGCUCCUCAAGCUCUCAGUUUCGCAGAGACAUGACUUGAUUAAGCAGUCUGGGGCAUGUUUUCGCUGCUUGUCCGAGUCACACCGGGCGAGGGAGUGCCAGUCAAAGUGCAGUACAUCGUGCCAGUUGCUGACUCUUGGUGAUCUGCACGAGGACGCCGUCCGUAACCUAUGGAGUCUGGAAGGCGUCGGCAUCCGUUCUGAUGAGGAGCCGGCCAGUUCGAAGGUGUUGGAGGAUUUCGAGUCCUCAGUCAGCUUCAGCGAUGAUGGCUCGCACAGUGUCACACUGGUGAUGGCGAAGGGCAGAGUGGCGCCGGUGAAGACAAUCGAGUCGAAGGUGAGCGAGACUCCGGUCGACGAGGCCGUUCUGGUAUCGGCUCCGGGUCCGGCCGAGUCUCCUCGGGAGACCGCGGCGUGUGACAGCGCCGGCGGCGCGGGAGGCGCGCGCUGUGUCGGCGAGGCGCUGCUGCCCUCCGAGCGCUGGGGAAAGUUUUCAAAGGCGGUGCGAGUCGUAGCAUGGGUGCGUCGCUUCAUUGAAAACUGUCGCUGCCCUCAGCAGAGGUCCAGGCGUCAUGAGUUGUCCUCCAUCGAGUUGGCUGACGCCAAGCGCGAGCUGCUGCGUCAGGAGCAGCGGAGCGAGUUUCACGAGGAGUGGACCGCUCUGGAGACGGCAGCUGUGAUCCGGAUGUAA